CAGAAGGAAGAGCAGCAGCCGUCGAAAGAUAGAGGAUGGUGUCAGGGUCUGGGAUCUGCGCGAAGAGGGUGGUGGUCGACGCCCGGCACCACAUGCUUGGAAGGCUGGCGUCCAUAGUGGCGAAGGAGCUGCUGAACGGACAGAAGGUGGUGGUUGUGAGGUGCGAGGAGAUAUGCAUGUCGGGUGGACUGGUGAGGCAGAAGAUGAAGUACAUGAGGUUCCUGCGUAAGCGCAUGAACACCAAGCCAUCCCACGGUCCCAUUCACUUCCGUGCACCUGCAAAGAUUUUUUGGCGCACCGUUCGUGGAAUGAUUCCUCACAAGACUAAGCGUGGAGCGGCAGCACUUGCUCGUUUGAAGGCCUAUGAGGGCAUUCCUGCUCCAUAUGAUAAGAUUAAAAGGAUGGUGAUCCCAGAUGCUCUCAAGGUUUUGAGGCUUCAAAAAGGACACAAGUACUGCUUAUUGGGCAAGCUCUCAUCUGAAGUCGGAUGGAACCACUAUGAUACUAUCAAGGAACUUGAGAGGAAGAGAAAGGAAAGAUCUCAGGUGGCAUAUGACAGAAGAAAGCAGCUGAAUAAACUCAGAGUCAAAGCUGAGAAGGCUGCUGAGGAGAAGCUUGGAUCCCAGCUUGAAGUUAUUGCUCCCAUCAAAUAUUGAUUCACAGAGGCAGUUGUUCCCUUUUGUCUAGUUAAACUUGUUAUACAUUUUUAUUGUCGUUUUGAGCAAUCUGAAAUUUUAUUGUCAAUCGUUUCUGGUAGAUUCCAAGCCAGUGCUAAUACACUUGUAUUGCAAAAUGCUAGUUUUUACGUUUACCCAAUAGUAGCUGGAGAUUUGAUUUCCUUUUAUCAUAUCUUGCUGGAUGUCGUUGUGGUUUUGCUAUUACUUGAGUACUUCCUUUUAGCCUCAUUUUACUGAUCUCUAAACACUUUAUGAUGUGCACAAUAAAGUAUUAUAGACGCU